UUCACAUAAGCUGAUGUAGUGCAGUGAUGCUGCAGCUGACCUGUGUGUGUGUGUGUGUGUGUGUGUGUGUGUGGGACGCAGGUGCAGUGUUCGCUGUAUUUGUGGCUCUAUCUCUGGCCUCUCCAGCUCCUCCGAACACACAGCGGUGUGAAUGCAGCUCUGCGGCCCGGUCUCUGCUCUCCAGACUCGCACACAUCAUGAUGAAGCAGGGGAAGAUGGAGCACAGGGAUCUGUUUGCUGGCUUUAACUGCACAGAUCUGGAGGCUCAGAUGAUUCCUCACACUCUCACAGCGUCUGUGUGUCAGCCCAGCUCCUCUGAUGAUAAAGCGUCCUGCUCCAGCUCCAGCUCGUCUUUCAGUGAGACGCAGUGUCUGACGAACAUCCGAGCCGAUCUGCGCUAUUACGACAUGAUGCUGAACUCCUACAAGCCCAGCGAGACUGAUCUGAGUCCAGUGAAGACGGCCACCAAAGCCCUGAUGGAUUGUUUGGAUGAGAACUGUGAGGCCGCAGAUGGAGAGUUUCCUCAGUGGCACAUCUGGACCGGCUCGUCCUUCACUGACCGUCUGUCGCUGUGUAAAGCGCUGAAGGGCUUCCACAUCCGGGCCAUCACCCUGAACCGGGCGCUGGGGUACAUCGCCUCCGGACAGCACAGGAAAUGACCCCAUUCAAUCCGGGGAGUCACACAUAAGCUGAAUAUUUAUGUUCAUCACUCAAUCUAUUUAUUUGUUUUAAAAAAUUAUUUAUUUCUGUGUAAUAAAUGUAAUACAUUAUUUAUUAACUAUUUAUUAAAAUAUCUGUGCGGCAAA